CGAACCGUUUGUGUUUGGUUCAUUUGGCAGCCCUAAAUCUCGGCUAUGUCCGUGUCCGUGCUUUUCUGUUACCCUCUUUUCAUUCAUUCCCUUCUAUUCCUCUCUCCUCACUUAUUUACGAAACAAAUAUGAGAUAAAACUCAACUCGAUUUCUUCGUUCUUUCAAUUUUAUUGUUCCCAACAGUAUUCGAUUCCUCUUCGAUAUCAGAAAAAAAUUAUCAAUGUUCUGUAAUCCCUAAUAGGAUGAUAAAUUCAAACAAUUGAUUCGAUCUCGUGAUGAAUUCAAUCAAUCCCUACGACUUCGAUCUCUCAAUGCUAUCAUCACCUAAUGAAUGAAUGUUGUUUGUUUCUACAGUGUGCUUAGUUUUUUCUCUGGUCGAUUCAGAGUCGGUGAUGUACGUUGUAGUGUCGCUUGGUCACAUUUGAGGGUUCGAACGUUUGAUUAAUCGUCCAAGGUUUUGAAGCUUCUGGUAUAUCUUCACAUGGCAGAGACUUCGAGGUCUCGAGUCACAAUCACUUUGGGACGUAGUGGGCAGGUGGUAAAGAGGGCAGGACCUGCAGUAGAUGGUACGUUUUCUGAUUCUCACCCAGCAGCUGGAAGUAAGAGGUCGGUUAGAGAUAGACUAGGAGGAAGUGAUGUGGAUGGAGCCCAAUUCAACAGCAAAAGACAAAGAGGAGAUGGUGUUGCUAAUUCUGUUGGUGUUAAAGAUAUGCGCCUUGGUAAAGGUGACCUCCGGUUCAAACUUAUGCGAAAAAAUGUGCUUAGGCAAGUUCAAAGCGAUGGCAAGCAGAAUGGAGUGGACCUUCGUGACACGCUGUCUAGGGAAAUUCGAUCUUCAACUUCUAAUCCAAAUAUGCGGCAGCGCAUGCCCGAACCAACCAGGCAGCACAUUUCUGAGCCAAAGGAUGUCAGCAUAUUUAGUCGAAUUCCUUCCACGAGAAGUGCAGAUGCAUUGCCCCAAAUAGAUUCCUUGAGAAAUUCGUAUUCUCCAUGGACUUUGGAUCGUUUAAGGCGAAGAUCACCGGAUGAAACUUUUCAAACAUCUAGGGGUCGUUCACCUCGAAGGAAUGAGGAAGAACUACCAAAGAGGCCAUUAAUGAGAACAUAUGAUGAUGUCAGGACAGUUCCAUACAUUAGCAAAGAUAUUCUUGAGCCUUCAAGACCCAUGGGCUCUUCACCUUUUGUGACAAAAUCAACAGUAUCUUCUGGACCUGUGAAGGCUGUGGCACCCCCGCCUCCUCCAUCGAGCAGCAUUGUUCAGAGAAGUUCAUACACAGGCGACGAACAUCUUACUGUGGAUGGAUUGUUGCAUUCGUUGGGUUUGGAAAAAUAUGCAAUAUAUUUUAGGGCUGAGGAAAUAGAUAUGCCUGCUUUGAGGCAGAUGGGAGAUCAUGAUCUCAAAGAAUUGGGAGUACCAAUGGGCCCUAGGAAAAAAAUUCUUCUUGCUCUCCUGCCUCGUUCCAGGCGGCCUAUGGGAUAAAGCACCUUCAAAAGCAAGGUUAUAUGUGGAGCAUUAGUGUUGUUUCUAUGAUGGGGAGGUCAUAUAUAUCACAUCACUUGACCUCUGAUUUCCUACUAGAUUUGAGUUAGAAGGUAGCCAUGAAUCAGUUCAGUUUUAAUUGUAGCAGUUAAAAUUAGCUUAUGGUAGUAAAUUUUCAAUUGUAGGAUGUUCUGUUCUGUGCUAAAUUUUGUCCGACUGCUGUUCAUAUUUCACUUUUGUUGGUUUUCCCCAUUUGGAAUAUAAUAUGGAAAUUGAUCAGUGAAACGAAGCUACUCUAUAUGACCCCAUGCUUAUUUUGUUUAAUUGCAACACCUUCCAAGCUUUUGAUGA